AUGUUGUUUUUAUUCUAUUUUGCAUGUGUUUUGGCAUUGGCAGUUGGUAAAAAUGAAGAAUAUAAGGGGUAUAGAGUCUACAAUAUAGCCUUGUCAAGUAAGCUCCAACAAGACCAUUUAUCAGCACUUCAAUUGGAUUAUUUGAGGAAACCAAGCUUCCAGUAUGACGUAGAUGGCCUGGCAAUAUUACCACCUUCUGAUUUCAAGUCAUUUGAAGAGAAUCUGACUAAAUUGGGAAUUCCUAUCGAUGUUUUCAGUGAAGAUGUUUAUCAGUAUUUACUAGAAAAUUCAGAAGAUAUAGCGGCAGAUGAAAGAAAUGCUGAUGGACAAAAUGAAGCUUUUGACAUAAGACGCUAUCACAGAUAUGAUAACAUUUUAAAUUACCUUCGACAACUUCCUGAACAAUAUAACACUACCAAUUCUAGCAUAGAAUUAGUACAGUUUGGAGUAACUCAUGAAAACAGACCACUGGUUUAUUUGAAAAUAAACAAUAACAGUUCAGCAGAAAGUGUAAAUACAGAAAAGCCGAUCAUAGUAGUGGAAGCUGCGAUCAACCCUAGGGAAUGGAUAACUAUACCAGCUGUGCUAAAUGUCGUCGAAGGUAUUUUGGAAGAGGAAAGAUUUUUGAUUGGCGCUGACUGGAUCGUAUUACCGGUGGUAAAUCCAGAUGGAUACGAAUAUACUCACACUAAUCUUCGUUUAUGGCAGAAAUCAAGAAGCACAAACAGUAAUCUAGGCCACAUCUGUCCCGGUGUCAAUAUUAACCGUAACUUUGAUGUGGACUGGCAAAAUUUUGAUGCUAGUUCCAGCCCUUGCAGCCAUGUGUACGCAGGCAUCGAGCCAUUCUCAGAAGUUGAAACAAGAAUGAUUCAGAGUAUAAUCCAGGAAAAUGGCUCAAAAAUCAAAUUGUACAUAUCCUUACAGAAUAAUGGAGGGUUCAUUUCAUACCCUUGGAGUUUUGAAAGAGCUGCAAGUGGGUUGUUUAGACAGCAUCAUCUUCUCGGAUUCGACAUGAUUGCGUCGACGAAUGAGACUUAUAGGUUGGAUGUUGCUUCAACAAUUUUUGAUAGAGCAUCAGGUACGAGUAACGAUCAUGCUAGAAAGAGUAAUAUCUUCUAUACUUUUAAUAUCGAUAUCGUACAGAGAGGUAGUUCUGUUCUUAUACCUGAAUCAGAUAUCAGUGUUAUUGUCGAUGAUGUUUGGAAAGCUGUAUCGGUUGCUGCGAAUGAAGUAAUUGGAUUAUUCAAUUGA